AUGUCUUCAUCUAGCACCUUUCGGGUUAUUGAGCAUACGGUGCCAUGCCAACAUAUUCGAGAAUAUCCGGCAGCCACCAGAAGAACACAAGAAGAUGUUCUUCAUCUGGCUGUUAAACAGUACAUUCCCACAAACGACCCUACGCCGCUUCCUAGGGCCGUAACAAUUCUAAUCGCUCCAGGGAGUGGGUUUGCAAAAGAGCUCUAUGAGCCCCUCUGCGAGGAAUUGCUGGUCCGCUGCAAUAGAGACGGGCUCGGUAUUCGUAGUAUUUGGGCGGCAGAUCCAGCGCAUCAGGGUCAAAGCAGCAUAGUCAACGAAGGACUUCUUGGAAUUGACGUAAGCCAUUUUGAUCAUAGCCGGGAUCUUCUCCAUCUGAUCAAUGUCAAACGAGAUGAAAUGCCACACCCCAUAAUUGCUAUUGCACAUAGUGCUGGAGCUUUUGCACUAGUCAACCUGUGUCUCAUCCAUCCACGACUUUUCCAGGCUGUAGUUCUCAUUGAGCCACCCAUCACACGUCCAGUGACUCAGCUGAGAAACAAGAAACUGUACGAUCACAGUACGCUGCUGCGUCCUCAUUUACAGUUCUCUGUUCAUCGACGAGAAAAUUGGCCAUCCCGAGAGGCAGCGGCUGAAUCCUUUCGUCAAAAAGCCUUUUACCAGACCUGGGAUCCACGUGCCUUCGAGCGGCUGGUAACAUAUGGCUUGCGGAAUGACCCAAGGAAGUCUUCUGCACAUGAGAAGAAUAACCAGUCUACUAGGCCAACUCCUGUGACACUUUCUACUCCGCUGGCCCAGGAGCUUGCCUCGUUUGGGCGACCGUACCAUGACCUCCCUGCUCCUGAUGCCGGCCCAAAUGAUAUUAGAAACCGCCUAACCCACCCAGAUCUGGACCCUGAGCUCUUGACAUCGAUACCCUUUUACCGCCCAGAAAUAACAGCACUGUUUUCUCGAUUACCGUAUUUGCGACCUACUGUACUAUAUAUCUUUGGUAGUGAGUCCCAUAUAAGUCUCCCGGAGUUGAGGAGCGAUAAACUUCAGGUUACGGGCGUUGCUACGGGAGGCAGUGGCGGAGCUGUUGCUGGCCGUGUGCGUGAAGUAGUCAUGAAAGGGUAUUCACAUCAGAUUCCUUUCGAAGCAGUCAAUGAAUGUGCGGAUGAGAUUGCUCGUUGGUUAGUUUGCGAAUCAAGGCGUUGGUGUAAGGAGGAAAAGGCCUGCCAUGAAAGAUGGGGUGGAUUGCCUGGUGCUGUGGAUAAUACUACAGUCGAGAAACGUUGGAAGGUGCACUUUCCAAAGGCGCAUCGGAUCAAAUCAAACCUUUGA